AUGGUAGAAAGUAGAAACAUUAAAUAUAUAUCAUCAGUCGAUCACAUUCGGGCUUAUGCAGCUAUAUUAAUUGUGCUUUAUCAUGGAAUUGAAUUAAUUCAUCAACUAUCUUCUGAUAAGAAAAAUUCACAAUGGCCAGUCUCAUCGAAGAAUCCAUUGAAGUCGUUUAUUAUCGAAGGUAAAACAGCAGUUUCAUUAUUCAUGGUUUUAAGUGGAUUUAUCUUUACAUAUGGAAAUAAUGGUGAACAAAUCGAAUAUUUUCGGUUUUUAUACAAUCGAAUCUUGCGAAUUUAUCCGUUGAUGAUAACAAUGAUGAUGAUUGGGAUCAGUGUGUACCCAUGGAGGUUUUCGAUCGAGAAAUUGUUCGGUACGUUAUUACCAUUUCAGAAUAUUAAUAAUAGUUCUCUUCGUCUUGGCGAAUAUACGAUUGUCUUUUGGACAAUCGCGGUUGAAUUUCAAUUUUAUCUGAUUUUUCCUUAUCUCAAUCAAUUUUUAUACAAAAAAGGCUUGAUGAGAUUCUCAUUAAUGUUUGUUUUGACAUUCAUCAUACGAAUUAGUGCGGUAGUUGAGGGUGCGAACUCGCGAGAUAUUUCUUAUUGGACAAUUCUAGGAAGAUUAGAUCAAUUCAUGUGUGGAAUGGUCGCUGCAUAUCUUUUGAAAAAUUUUAAUAUCCAAAAUCGAAUGUUAGUUCGGUUAUUACCAGCUGGUCUAAUAGGAAUAAUAAUAAGUAUAACUAUUUUUCAUCGAAUGGGUGGUUGGAAUGAAAUUGCAUCAUGGAAAAUUAUUUGGCCAAUUAUUGAAGGCUCGUUAUGGGCAACUUUCCUUAUUGGAUAUUUAACAUUUUUUCACCAAAAAGAUAAUAUCGUCUUACGUUUUAUUGCGAAUAUUGGUACAAUUAGUUAUUCAAUGUAUCUUAUUCAUCAUUUCGUGGCAUUUCACAUUGCCAAACGCUCGUUAGUUAUUUCAUUGUUCAAGGAUUUGUUUUUGAAUGCUUUUUUCACUUCGUUGAUACUAACAUUGCCAUUGACAAUGCUAAUCUCUACACUGACGUAUUAUUUGAUUGAAAAACCGUUUCUCGGCAUGCGUAAGUCGUAUUCAUCAACUAAUAAAGAAACAGUUAGGCCUGUAAUAAGAGUAUUUUGA